CACCUGGGAAUUUGGAAUCUCCCAUCCAUGGUUCUGAAGCAUAUCCUCAUAUAUACAUGACGGUGGGACCCAACUUAUUAUCUGUAAAGAUAUACACCGUAUACACACAAAGGAGAAGGGAGUCCUCAAGUUUACGAACAUUUCCUCGCCUUGUUUCGCGUCAUCCGCAAUCCUCAUUUUCCUUUCCUUCCGCUUUUGCUUCUGCUGCUAUCUGUAGCAUGAAUUUCAUUUGAUUGUCAAAUCGGAACGGCGAGCCUCUGAGUUACUAGAGAGAGAAAAUGACCUGCGUAGGGGCUGUCUUCACCGCCCCUUCCUGCUCGGCUUUAAUUCCCCAUUCUUAUUCCACGCCACGGCCUACCCUUCAGCUUUCUUCUCGUUCAUCUGCAGCUUUAUUCAUCCACUGCUCGACUUCUAGUUCAGAGGCUACCUCAGAGAAACUUGCAACUGUUGAUGGUUUUCCUCUGACCGGUGGCGCAUACGAUUUCACGCAAGCAACAACGUCACUAACUAAUGAGUCAAUCUCUUCAUCGAAGACGGUAAUUCUAAUAAGGCAUGGUCUGAGCACUUGGAAUUCGGAAAGCAGGAUUCAGGGAAGUUCAGACUUAUCAAUACUAACAGAAACUGGAGAGAAGCAAGCAGAAAGGUGCAGGAAAGCCUUGGAAAAUAUAUAUUUUGAUCAGUGCUUUUCAAGUCCAAUAUCUCGUGCCAAGCAAACUGCUGAGAUCAUGUGGCAAGGGAGGGAUAAACCACUUGUUUUCUUUGAUUCACUCAAGGAAUUGUGUUUAUAUCAUCUCGAAGGCAUGACAAAUGCGGAUGCUAAGAAAAUAUAUCCAGAAGACUAUACAACCUGGAGAGAAGAUCCGGCGAAUUUUUUCAUAAAUGGUAGAUAUCCUCUAAGAGAUCUCUGGAUAGAUGCAAGAAGGGCUUGGAAGAAAAUCUUACUGACGCCUGGAGAAAGCUUCCUUGUUGUGACUCACAAAUCUAUAUUGAGGGCAUUGACUUGCACUGCCUUGGGUCUGGGCACAGAGAGGUUUCGCGCACUUGACAUCAACAAUGGCGGGAUAUGCAAGUUCAGCUUCAACGUCAGAGGUGAAGCUAUGCUUCAGGCUUUGAACAUGACGGCUCAUAUGUACAGUGAUCAUGUCUAUCCUCCUAACUGAAAUUCUUAAACAAGUUCACUCAAUGGUGAUGAAACAAAAUGUGACUACUAUCUAUCUCAUCUUCAAAAUGUUCCGUUAAGAACGCCAAAUCUGGGGAUGGUGGAUCCAACAAUUAAAAGAGGCAAGUCAAUUCUUCAGCAGUGAGGGACUGAUUGUUUGUGGGAUUCAAUUCUACCACAUUAGACAGAACCAGAGGAAUCAAAGUACAAUAUGUGUUCUUUAUAAUGUAAAUUCCAUUGCUGAGUGUAAUGAAUUCGUUACAUGACUUGUUUCUUUAUCAAGAUAUUUUAAAGAUUCUUAUGGUUGCCGGUUUUGCAAGGAUGGGGUAUUUGUAAUGGGCGUUGAGGAGAAUUUUACCCCUCUUAAACAUCAGUAAACUCAAUUAAGAUCCAUUAGAGGUGGCAAUCUAAAGUUUUUUUUU